UGAAUGUUGAGUAUAGUUUUGAUGGGUGUUGUUAAAUAUUCAUUCAACAUAAUGUUGGUAUCAUAACAGAUUGAGACUCUUGUUACCCCUGGUUGGGAUCUCAGUGAACGUCCCUCUGCAUCCCGUGAUUUCGCGAAAUUCAUAUGUAACAUGACUCAUCUGAAGAACCUGACACUUGACGGACGGUAUCACGAUGACUUCUACUCAAAAUCGUCUUCGAUGGCAUCAUUCGCAAAGAUUGAGACUCUUGUUACCCCUGGUUGGGAUCUCAGUGAACGUCCCUCUGCAUCCCGUGAUUUCGCGAAAUUCAUAUGUAACAUGACUCAUCUGAAGAACCUGACACUUGGCGGUCGGUAUCACGAAGACUUCUACUCAAAAUCGUCUUCGAUGGCAUCAUUCGCAAAGAUUGAGACUCUGACCAUCAAUUCUGAGGAUCUUAGUGAACGUUCCUCUGCAUCACGUGAUCUCGCUCAGUUCAUCUGUAACAUGCCUCAUCUGAAGAACCUGACACUUGGCGGUCGGUAUCACGAUGACUUCUACUCAACAUCGUCUUCGAUGGCAUCAUCCGCAAAGAUUGAGACUCUAACCAUCAAUUCUGAGGAUCUUAGUGAACGUUCCUCUGCAUCCCGUGAUCUCGCUCAGUUCAUCUGUAACAUGCCUCAUCUGAAGAACCUGACACUUGGCGGUCGGAAUCACGAUGACCUCUACUCAACAACGUUUCCGAUGGCAUCAUCCGCAAAGAUUGAGACUCUAACCAUCAAUUCUGAGGAUCUUAGUGAACGUUCCUCUGCAUCACGUGAUCUCGCUCAGUUCAUCUGUAACAUGCCUCAUCUGAAGAACCUGACACUUGACGGUCGGUAUCACGAUGACUUCUACUCAACAUCGUCUUCGAUGGCAUCAUCCGCAAAGAUUGAGACUCUAACCAUCAAUUCUGAGGAUCUUAGUGAACGUUCCUCUGCAUCACGUGAUCUCGCUCAGUUCAUCUGUAACAUGCCUCAUCUGAAGAACCUGACACUUGACGGUCGGUAUCACGAUGACUUCUACUCAACAACAUUUUUGAUGGCAUCAUCCGCAAAGAUUGAGACUCUUGACCUCUCUGGUAGGGAACUCAGUAAACGUCCCUCUGCAUCACGUGAUCUCGCUCAGUUCAUAUGUAAGAUGACUCAUCUGAAGGACCUGACACUCCUCCAUCAGUUUCACGAUGACUUCUACUCAACAUUGUCAUCGAUGGCAUCAUCCGCAAAGGUUGAGACUCUAACCAUCAAUUCUGAGGAUCUUAGUGAACGUUCCUCUGCAUCACGUGAUCUCGCUCAGUUCAUCUGUUACAUGCCUCAUCUGAAGGACCUGACACUUGACGGUCGGUAUCACGAUGACUUCUACUCAACAACGUCAUCGAUGGCAUCAUCCGCAAAGGUUGAGACUCUAACCAUCAAUUCUGAGGAUCUUAGUGAACGUUCCUCUGCAUCACGUGAUCUCGCUCAGUUCAUCUGUAACAUGCCUCAUCUGAAGGACCUGAGACUCCGCGGUUACUAUCACGACGACUUCUACUCAGCAUCGUCAUCGAUGGCAUCAUCCGCAAAGGAUCACGACCAGAGUCGUAACACGAGCUCCACCCUGACUGAGCUGACAGUGUAUGAUCGCACACUAAAAGGAUGGCAGGAUUGUGGUUCGAUGUUUGACAAUGUGAAGACGGUUACUAUUCGGGUAAAAGGGAGGACGCUCAACUGUGACGUCAUCCAGAGGAUCCAUCUACCAGGAGCAACAGAACUCACCAUUCGAACAGAAGAGUAUGAAGACCAACCGGCUGGUUUCCACGAGGAGCCCACUUCACUACCCGAUGCCCUCCUGAAUAUCUCCCCUCAGCUUGUCAAGGUGACAUUCAGCGAUCUUGACAUUAGCAACAGUAAGAUGGAACUAAUCUUACAAGCUUUCAGAUCACCUCACAACCUCAAACAUCUGAAGACUCUCAGAUUCAUUAGAUGCGGGACAGAUUUGAGCGUGAAUGAUGUCACCACUGCCUGCAAUGAAGACCACGUCAUAGAGGUGGAGGUGGAGCACGGCAAACCACGUGGGUAAGUCAAGACUUGCAUCGCCCUUAAUGGCUGCAUGACAUUUAUGUAUGAUUGC